AUGUCGACCUUGACGCCAGCAUCGGCUGCAACAUCUCGACGAAGAGGCAGCUCCUCGUCGACCGUCAAAGGGCCGCGUCUUCCCUAUGCACAAGAUACACCUAAACGUCCUUCCGGUCAGCCUUUGAUGAUCAGUGCUACGACAUGGGUCCACUUCGAUAAAGACUCGAUCGACGACAUGCUGAUCCAUGCGACGAUUCUUGAGAACGCCGGCAUCCGGGAGGGUGACUUGGUGGAAGUCAGGUCAAUUCAAAGCUCGCCCCAAGCCCGAGAUUUCCAGCCUUCAGGCAGAAGAAAUGCUACCCCAUCCCCCCACCGAAGGCCAUCAACAGCCGAGAGCAGGAAGCAUGCCGAGUCAAAGGCCAUUUGUCUAGUCAAAGUUGCCCCAUCCGAACUGGCCUCGAAACAAGCCAGCUUCGAGGUGUCCCUGAACCAUAGACUGGCCACGGCCUUCGGUAUUCGUCCACGAAGUGAUGUCGAAAUUCGGCCAGCCAGUCUCGAAGACCAUGUUGCCUCUCAUGUCGAGUUCAGCUUCCGAGAUGUCUACCUCGCUCGCUCCGACAUGUGGCGCCUAGUUGGCCAAGAGCUGGCUGGAAAAGUAGUUCACACAGGUCAGCGCAUCACUUUUCUUGGUAGUGUCAGGCUUGUCGUCAAGGCCGUACAUGUCAAUGGUCACAGAGUCGCAACCGGCUACUUCUCAGGUAACACCAUACCUGUAUUUCGGAGCGAGGCGGCACGAUAUGUCAUCUUUAUACAAAUGUCUCGAGAGAUGUGGGACUUUGAUUCGGAGGGCAAUGGCGAGAUCCUCUUCAAUCGGGUCAUCAAUGGAUUCUUGCCGGAUCUUUUCAAGCGAUGGACUGAGCUAGAGGUUCGCCACCUCGUGAGCAUCGUGCUCUUCAGUCGCCAAGAGUACAGCAUGUUUGAGGUCGCUGACCAAUACCUCAGACUUCCCUCGAAACCGAAUGCUCGGACGAAGUCGCAUUCCUACCAGGACUUCUACAAGGUUGUCGUCACAGAUAUGGCUAGCGCGCAGUGGACAACCAUUCUUGACGAGCUUAAAAAGAACUUCAGGGUUUUCCUGCGUGAUGUUUCGCUCCACCGCCCCGUUGACGAUGGUCUAUCAGAUACGUCUCACUCCGCCAGCCACGUACCGAAGAUUACUGGACGACCUACUACUGCAAUGAAGGGCAAUAUCCUCGAGGCCAUCAACUUGGCAUCGACUCAAUUCUCAGAUGACUAUCUCGAUCGCGAUCUGAUUCGCACCGGCAUCUCAGUGGUGGUAGUGACAGCAGGCGCAGGGGUAUUCGAGGUCGACAGGACAUUACUCAACUUGACCUCGGAAAAUCUGACCAACAAUGGGAUCGGGAUCGACAUAGUCUGCCUCUCAAAGAUGCCUUUGCAUUCGGUCCCACUCUUCAAGUACCGAACAUCAGACUCUGCAGAUUUCGAUGCGUCAAGCCUGAGUGGCACUUCCAGCAGCCCACAGCUUACCAAAUCUCAGGCCUGGGCAGGCGUGAGCGCCUCCUCCUCCUUCAAAGCAUCACCUCUCAUCAAUUCGGUGCAUAGCUCGAGCGCACAUCCCUUGUCGCGGUACUCUUCGUCGCUGCAUAUGCAUGACCCAGACAAGUGGGCCUAUGGAAUACCACACUGGAUUGAUCUAUCCUACUGGUCGCCGGAAGGCCCAAAGUCGUCGAGUACACUGUCUCCGCUGUCGAAGCACGAAGCACCUACAUCUAAGCACAGGAAGGCACCCUUCACGCCUCGCGUACGAAUGUACGAGGUGCAGAUGAUGGGCCUGAUGGAAAUGGGUAUGGCUGAUAUCAGCAUUCCUUGGAUGUCAGAGACACAGCAAAAUGAGCUACACCAGCGAAGGCGUAGAAAGCCUUCUCAAAGGACGGGAUCAAGGAGUCUAUCCCAUUCCCCAAAGAUCUCCAGGCGAAGUCUCCGGUUGGAGUCUGCAUCCAGUCGGGAGCAUGGACUCUUGUCUGCUGGAACGAGGUUGCUCGGCGGUAUGUUCAACAGGAUGGACACCUACGAGGACGGGCUAUUCAAGCGACCACAUCGGAAACGACAUGCAGUCACUUCGCCUUCCAAACGCUCAAAAGGUGUCUACGAGACUAAGCAAGUCUUGGCGUCGAAACUCGAUAGCACGGAGACAGAUCUCAGCUUGGUUCAGUCUAGAGAAGCCUUGAUGGCUACGCACCCAAAGCUCGUGAAGACCGAAUCCUCACCCGGUUCUGAUACCGCCAGCAUCGCCACGUUAUCCAAGCAUCGCAGUCCAGAAGCGAUCAGGGCUGCAAGGAAUGCGAGCUACGCGCUCAGAGGCCUUGCACCCCCUAUGCGGGCUGUCGCUAGUACCGAGAUCAAUGUCGAGAAUGUACAGGCGCAUAUGCACAAGACUGAGAGUUUGAAGACACGACCAAGCAUUGCGAAUUCUGCUCAAAGCAUCCGAUCGCUUUCAUACCACAAGAACAUAUCUCAAGCAUCAGGCGUUUCUCGGGCAGCAAAUGCUAAUCAGCUAUCACCGGUUUCUUCGCGCACUGAUAGUGACAGACCAUCGACACCGAUCCGCAUAUCGAAUUCUGCUGCGAAGGCAAACGUGGCUCCCAAUGGAGAAGGACACCGCCACACCAAGUCGGACCACUCACUGACGACAACGGCACGAGAACACGAUGAUCUGAGUGAUCAGGAUGCAGGUGCAGCCUCAGGCACUGAGGGCAACGGUAGCGACAGUCCCAGCGAUGAAGAAACAUGGGAUUCUUUCCCAAGCUCGGUGCCCAAGAGCACCUUGCCCUUCAUACGGAAUGUCAAUGCUUCGAACCCGCUAAAGGGCAACCCAAAUAGGGAGUCCUUUUUCGGUCGCUGGCAGCACCUUUAUCCUCGCAAGCCACGUGCAGCCACUGUUAAAUGGCGAUCUCUAUGCACUCCAGCUUCGGUGCCUUUGACAACCGAAGACUUUCCUUCCAAGGAUGAACUUGACAAGGACUUCGAUCAGGUAUCGUAUAUCGUCUCGUUUGGCGAAACUGAAGAGAUCGUUGAGCGACCGGAAUCGCGGGAUGGGUUACUGAGAGAGAUGCUGUCUCUGCGGUUCUCGCACGGGUACCAACUUGUCGUUGGCGCGCGGAUGAACAAGUUCGAGGGCCCUGGGCUGCAUGAUGCGUCCUUCUUCUUCAAUCCGGAAGCUCAAAGACAUGACGGCCAGUACCUAUUCAUGUCAAUGGGCAACACAAUACAGAAGCUAGCCCUUUUGGAGAGGAAUAGGAUCGGUGUCACCCGUUACCAACGAAAGCCAUUCCAGGCUCAAGAGACUCUGCCAAAGCAGGUAUCCUACAAUCACUAUGUACAGACAAUUCUCUCGGCGCGAUAUGUCGGAAGAACGAUGCAGCUUGAAGGGUUCGCGGAGCAAUAUCCCUGGAAGGAAGCCGACGCCUUUCUCGCCAAUCCGUCGCAGGGGCCGGAUAACGAGGUUCAGCGACUUCGCUUCUGGCGGGCAAGAUUCGUUCUCUUACCCGUUGAGCCUCCUGCCAAUGCAUCCCGAUCGACUGCUGCUGACGGUGAGGAGAAUGAAGAAGAUAUACACCUUCGUGGCAUUCGGGCUCUGACACAGAUAUGGCAGAAGAUCCGGUACAUUCCCCCUGAGGACCGCCGUCCAGCACAAAACCGCAUGAGCUCUUUCAAGCCCAAGGAUCGCAACCCCUUGCGAAUCAACAUGGAGACCUUGAAUCCGUCUGAGCUAGUAGCUACUGAACUUGACAAACUAGUGGCGGCAGAAGAGGCAGGCGACGUGCAAACUACGCAGCUACUCCCAGAAGACGAACAGUUUGAUCGUGAGUCUGUGAAGCUGGGCAAGCUAGCUGCUGCUCUGCAGGGCGAGAGAGGCAUCGAGAUUAGAAAUCGAAGAUGGCAUCUUCGCUUACAUUAUAGCUGUUUCCACGGCGAAGAGUUCACCAACUGGCUUGUACAGAAUGUUCGAGACAUCGACACUCGCGAGGAAGCCGUUAGUUUUGGGAAUGAACUGAUGAAAGAAGGUCUCUUCGAGCAUGUCAAUAGCCGCCACAAUUUCAAAGACGGCAAUUUCUUCUACUCGAUCAAGUCGGAAUGGCGAGCACCGAAGCAGUCAGAGCUGAAGCAGUCAUGGUUGACUGCGAGCAGACGUUCAGACAAAUCUGUGCCGCCUACCCCCCUUGUCGAGCAGCCACCAAGCCAAACGCCUCUCACUACCCGGACGAGGUCUGCGUCGAGCCUCGCAGUGGCACUCAGCGCUCAGACUUCGCCGGAGAUGACCAGGCCUGUACCCGAGAGAAAGCGAUUAGCAGUCUCUUUGAGCAAGAUGAUCCGUCUGGAUGUUGAUACACGUAAACGAUCGGACCGACCGGAGAUCGUCAGCCUACACUAUGACCGGCUGCACAACCCGGAGAACUGCUAUCACCUGGAACUGUCGUGGUUGAACGUCACAUCGAAACUGGUCGACGAUGCCAUAGUUUCGUGGACAACGACAGCAGAACGCUAUGGGCUGAAACUUGUGGAAGUUCCCAUCGUGGAGGCAUCCAGAGUGCCAGAGAAUGAGCCGUUUCGUGCACCUUACAUUGUCAAGCUCGCGCAAUCUCCUCCCAAAGGACCUCUUGCCACCAGUGGCAACGGCAACGUAUAUUUCACUGCUACCUCUUUCACACCUCAUCAAUCUCUGAACAGCGAUCUUCACUUCUAUCAGAAAGCCAUCUUGAAACGUUUCAAUUUUGUCCUCGAUAUCGAAGGUAUCUCAGAAUUCCCGGAUAACGUCGAAAUCAAUUACUCGUGGGGUCGUCUCAACUACAAAUAUACUCAAUUCAUCCAUCGAUCUGGUGUGAUACUUGCGCAAAUCACUGAUCAAGGAGGGAUACUGCUACUCGCCAAUCGACUGUACAACUCGCGCCUCGCGUCAGCCCGGGACACAUCAUCCAAACUCGAGACCACCAAACAGCUCCACGCUGCAGCACAGAACCUCCGCCCUGCCUCCACCGCUUUAGCUCCGUUUCGGCCGGAGACGCAAAUGCCGGCUUCUGGUAUUGUUGGCAUCAAUGUUCAAUCACCCUCGUUAUCUACCACAUCCAAUCUCCUAUCCUCUCCUUCGCCUCUCAUUCGGCCACUCCCGCGUCCACUUGCCCUCCCACCACUUUCAGCCCCCGCGACAACCACCAACUCAGCAAGUCCCAGUGCUGUCAACUCGACCUCUUCUGUUCCCCUUGCCGCCACCGCCCACCUGCGAAGUACUCCCGUUCCAGCGCAUACGCCACUUUCCACCCCCGGGCUCGCCGGUAUGCCGACAUCGAACCCCAUUGCAACGAGCGCGGCGGCCGCUCCCGCUGCACAAGCACAAGAAAGAGUCUCUGCCGAUGUCUUUGGCUCCCGCCAUGCAUUGGCGUCUGCCUCUUUGGCGACGUACGUCACACCCGAGCAGAUCAAAGACGAUCUCGAACGGUUCUGCUCCGAUCCGAACUUGCUGCAGGCCUUCUACGUCGACGUCCAAGCGAUCGUAGCUGCCGCGGCGCAGAGCUCGGCUGCCGGGACCCCGUCGGGCGAGGGCACACCCGGCCAGACAGGCAGUGAGCACGGCCAGCUCCAGGCCGCGGGGCAAGGCGGUGGUGGGAAAGCGGCGUCGAAGGAAGGUGGGACGUUGAAGGACCAGAAGAAGCGGGGCAGCACGAGCAGCAGUCUGCUUCGGCCGGUGCCCGAGGCGGAGAUGGAGCUGAACGACUCGGCGGCGGCGCUGAGUGGCAUUCCAGAGAUGAAGUUGCCCGAGAGCGUGCAGGCGAGAUUGACAGGUGGGUUUGGGGUUGGUGGGCGGAAACGAGAGGCUGGUGAAGGAUCGGGCUGA